UAGUGGAACCCCUGGAGAGUGGAGGUUAGCUCCACUCCCUGCUUAGCUCCCACCCUCUGGCCUCAUUCAGGGCUAGCAUGUGGCCACUGCAACCUCCAGAACUCAGGGGCUUUUGGGGUCACAUCCAACCUUCUAAUGCAUCUGCUCUGUGAUCGUGGGUAAGCUGGUCCCCUUCUCUGAGCCUUAUCUGCGACAAGCAGAGAGAAUUCAAGAAGAUGGAUGUAAAGCAUCUGGUAAUUGCCAGGCCAAGAGACUGGGCGCUGGAUAUUUGGGGCCGCAGGCCGAACCACCCGCUCGCUGACUCAGCCGAUGCACCCUGGGUGGAGAGGGAAAACGGACUACGUGUGUGAGCCCAGGCGGUGCUCGGCCUUUGCGGCCUGCUUCCCGGUGUCCUAAGAAGAACGCCCCCCUCUUCUCCACCCCUUCCCAGUUCCCGGCAGCCCUGGCCGCCCCGCCCCCUCAGCAGCUGCUGCUCCCACCCCCUCCCUGCCUAGCCCGUUCUGCCUCGUCAUCUACUGCCCCGCGGAGGCUCAACUCUUGAGUGGGGCCGCCCGGAACGCACAGAACCGGGAGCCCUCCCCCACCCCCCUCCCCCCCGGCACCUGGCUGGAGGAGGGAAGAGAAACUGAUUGGGCAGGAUCUGCGCCCCCUCAUCACCAGCCGCGCUCGAAGGAGCGUUAAGAGCCUGCGCAGCGAGGUGGGAAGGAGACCCAGACCCCUCUGGAUGCGUGGCACCUGUAACCUCCUGAAGCUCCGGGAAGAAUUUGGUCUGUGACCCUUGAAGGACUAGCCACGACAAAACUUUGCCCCCACCAUGGGCAAUGCGCAGGAGCGGCCCUCAGAGACGAUCGAUCGCGAGCGGAAACGCCUAGUGGAGACGCUGCAGGACGACUCCGGGCUGCUGCUGGAUGCACUGCUGGCGCGCGGCGUGCUCACCGGGCCUGAGUAUGAGGCGUUGGACGCGCUGCCUGAUGCCGAGCGCAGGGUGCGUCGCCUGCUGCUGCUGGUACAAAGCAAGGGCGAGGCCGCCUGCCAGGAGCUGCUGCACUGCGCCCAGCGUACUACGCGCGCGCCAGACCCGGCCUGGGACUGGCAGCACGUGGGCACUGGCUACCGGGAACGCAGCUACGACUCUCCAUGCCCUGGCCACUGGACGCCUGAGGCACCUGACUUGAGGACCGCUUGCCCCGAAACGCCCAGAGCUUCAGACUGCGACGAGGCUGGGGUUUCAGGGGGCUCGGAGGCAGUAUCCGGAACCCUCGAGGAACUCGAUCCGGAAGUGGAAGCUGAAGUCUCUGAAGGGGCUGAGCCAGAGUUGGAACCCCAAAUAGAUCCGGAACCAGAGCCAGCACCUGAACUGGAGCCAGAGCCAGAGCCAGAGCCCGACUUUGAGGCGGGUGACGAGUCUGAAGAUUCCUGAAUGUCAGCGUGCUGAUAGGCUGCUGCUCUCUGCCCAAAGCAGACAGGACCUGGGAUCCUGCUCUGGCAUUGGGGAGGAUGCCACCAAGUCUCCACCUGACCCAGUACCACUGGAAGUGAAUAAACUCCGGUGGGUCACCUUGG